AUGAUUCCCAUUCCACAGUACCCACUAUACUCAGCCAGUGUCGAAGAAUUUGCGCUUGGACAGGUCGGAUACUACCUUGAAGAAGAGAAGAAUUGGGGUCUCAAUGUUAGUGAAUUGGAACGAGCAUACCAAGAGAGUCUCAAAAAAUACGACACGAAAGUGCUAUGCGUUAUAAAUCCAGGCAAUCCAACUGGCCAGGUACUUUCUAGGCAAAAUAUGGAAGAAGUCGUGAAGUUUGCUCAUAAACACAAUCUCUUCUUGAUGGCCGACGAGGUUUACCAGGAUAACAUAUAUGCUGAAGGCUCUAAGUUCCACUCGUUCAAGAAGGUUAUCAACGAAAUGGGAGCACCUUACAACAAGUGA